AUGGCCAUUGCUAUGAUGACAUCAAUGAUGGAAUGGAGCAGUAUUCCAUCAUCGAUGUCACAGAUUAUGCAAUCUUUCGGAUGCGCCAGUCAACAAGUUAUCUCCCGGGAAAGUCCCGGCUCAGACGCUAAUCAGAUUCCGCUGAGCAUGGUGGUUAAACAAAGGCAUGUUUUGGAUGAAGGAACCGAUGACUAUAAGAUCAUCAUGCUCAACAGAAAAUACCUCAGUUUUAGAGUCAUCAAGGUCAAUCGAGAGUGUGUCCGUGGCUUGUGGGCGGGGCAGCAGCAGGAGCUGGUCUUCUUACGCAAUCGCAACCCUGAGCGCGGCAGCAUCCAGAACGCAAAGCAGGCUUUGCGCAACAUGAUCAACUCUUCGUGCGACCAACCCAUCGGGUACCCCAUCUACGUGUCUCCGUUGACGACAUCGUACGCAGACAGCAACAAGCAGCUCUGCAAUGUAAUCGGUCGACCGCUCAGUUUUGCCUGUAUCAGGGAGAAUGUUGCCAAAUGCUGGACAAGGUUAGUACAACGUUGUGUAGCUGGGUGUAGCAGUGGUGGUACUGUGAGGCGUAGUGGAGAUAAGGAAGAAGGCGAUACCAACCAACAAGGUACCGGGACAGGGAGCGGUUCUGGGGAUCCGACACGUCAACAGCAAAUGCAACAGCACAUGCAGCAACAGCAACAACAACAGUCACAGCAGCAAGGGGGUUCAGAGAGCGGCUCGGUACGCCAGACACCAGCCCACAGCCGAGGGGGAAGUGGGCAGGGUUCAAACCUCGGGUCAGGAAGGAGGCUGAACAUGGGGCGGGUCCCCAUAGCCAAUCUAGCCACCCUAAUGAUGGAGGACUACGGAGGGCCGGGGGGUAAAGAGUCUCUGCUCAACCACCGAGUUAAGGUGAGUGAAACCCAGGCAAAACUGCCCUGUUCACAUGUCAGAUGUGCAAUACUUUUCAAAACCUGUCACAGAAAUUAGACUUUUAAUAGUUUAGAGUGCAAAUACUUUUUUACAUGAUUUUUCACUUCAGUUGUUUUCCUUCACAUUUAAACAUUAAAAUACUCUUUUUUUUCAACUCCUUACUCUAAACAGUAUUUUCUUUUCUUUUGUAGGAAGAAACUAUUAUUAUUAUGUUUUUGGGGGGGCAUUAGCCCCAUUACCUCUCCCUUUUAAGUACUUUCUUCUUUUCAAAGUUGUAAGUUAAGAGGGAGAGAGAGGGCAACAUUUUAAAAAGAGUUGAUGAAAGAAAACUACAUUAUUACAUAAUUUCCUUCUCUCCCUAAGGAAGAGAAGAUAUUCAUACUUCCUGUGGCCCUAUCGUAUACCUUCAUAGAUAUGUGACUUGCCUAACUUUUAAUGGUUUAAUGGUAUAGUGAAAGUAAAACUGAAUACUUUCUUGUUUGGAAUAAAAUAUUUUAAAUGUUGAUUUUAGUUUGGCAAAGCUUCAUGUGAAAACAUGCACUUAAAAACAAGCUGUUUAAUGAGCGAUGUAAACUUUUAGUUAAGAAAUGACCCAGAUUUGUAUAUUAUUGCUGCUUCAUUAAACUCAACCUUACCACUUACAUGUAUAUCAAGUAGCGAGAUAUCUAAGCAGAAAACUUCCUUUUUCUCACAAAGAUUAUUAUUCAGAUCAUUGCAUUAGACCAGAUUAGACUUACAUAUAUAGACAAUGUCAGAGAAUAUCAAUCUCUUUUCUCAUUUCUGUACUGUUUAAAGUAAGUUGCGUGAAAUGUAGCUCUACAAUUCACAAAAGAGAUUGAAAAUGGAAGAACCCACCUGUUCAUAUAUCAUGCAUUUUUAAACAUUUUGUGCAUUUUAUAAUACAUGCAUCCCCACUGUUCAUUAUGAUAAGAGGCUUAUGGGUCGACCACUUUUUCCUAUGACAUACAAAUUAGCAUUGGCCACAAGUGAGAAUU